UUUGUUUGUGCUAUUAUUGCACGUCGAAAGGCUUACGGCCUCUUUGAUGCAGAACGCGACGCCUCCAUCACCGGUGAGACCAUGCAUGGCCUACGGAUGACUUGGGCGCUUAGGUUGACGGUAACUCGCCAGCCGACGGCCGGUUGGUUGCAGGAGGGUUGGUGGCGAGUCGCCGACGGACUUCACGUGCCGCCAUGUGACUACGGCUGGCGGCCCCAUCUCGCGUGGCAAACGGUCACCUCCGAGCCACGAGCGUUUCGACCUGAGAAUCACCGUCCAGUGAACGAAAGCGGGCUACCAACCAGCUCGGGAACGGAGAGAUGCUGCUCAACGCUGACGACGCUCGGAUCGAGAAACGCUGAUCAACAUCCGGUUGCGAGGGCCCGACCUAUCUCGACAUCUAACUCAGCCGGCAGAAGGCUCUCGAUAUCGACCCAUGAAUCGAGCCGUGCUGACUCACCAGCCACGACACAUUUAUUUACCAACACCACUCGAAACGGUUACUCUAACUUAGUCGGAUGAUAAGUCUAUUAUAAUUUUAUAUUAAUGUAAAAAAUAUCAUUUACUAUCGAGUUUUGAUUGGUGUAAAAUAUUCUAAUUCGAUCGUAUCUCUUUGCUGGCUCUAAAUUUAUAGACGAUGAAUUAAGUUUAUUACGCUGAAUUUUGUUGAUUAGAAGGGUUUGGUGGCCGAGCAAUCGACCCUCGAUAAGAAGAGAAGUGCGGUCUGGUCUCCAUUCACGAGCCCGAGUGGAACGCAGGAAUGGGAUCCGCUGGUGCGGAGGCUAAACCCUACCUCCCAAUUCCCGACCCGAGAAACGAGGGGUGCGUCCCGCGCGACUUCCUCCGCCUCCAGCUUACUAACACUGAGUGACGCUCCAUCCGCCGAUCUCGUUCCCUUCGCCGUUUCCUUUCUGUUACCGUCUCCGGCGAAGAAGAGAAGAUGUUGGUGGGUGACGUUUCGAGGCGAUGGGUCGCUUCCGUGGUGCGAUCCGCUGGCGCUUGUCGCUGCGCUUCCGCCUCCCCUGCUUCGCAACUCUUUGCCCUCUAUUCUCAGGAAAAUAUGCUGCACACUCACAGGGAGUUGAUAAGAUCUCACAAUUGGACAUUAAAGCCUCAGAUCACAUGAAAUAUACCUUUAUUAAGGUCCUUGAUGACCAUGGGCCAGCAGGAGUUGUCUUCUGGACAGGAGGGUUCUGUUGCCUCCCAUGAAACAAGCCAGCCUCAACGCAUCAAAUUUAAAAGGCUUGACAAAACUGCAAAGCAUAUUAUGAAUAUUUUAGAUAACGAAGCAGUGGACAAAGUGCAAACUGAGAGAGAAAUUCCUGACAUAAGACCUGGGUAUAUCGUCGAGCUGAAAGAGGUGCCUGAGAACAAGCGUCGAACAUCCAUCAUAAAAGGCAUCAUCAUAGCAAGGCGGAAUGCAGGUCUGAAUACCACAUUUAGAUUGCGUAGAUUGGUAGCUGGCGUUGGGGUUGAAUCCGUCUUCCCUUUAUACUCUCCGAACAUCAAGGAGAUGAAAGUCGUAGACAAGAAGAAAGUGAGGAGGGCAAAGCUUUAUUACCUCAGGGACAGGAUGAAUCCACUCAAUCUUUUCACCAGUUUGUUGUUAUUCUACAACUUCAUAGUCCUCAUGUUAUCGAUUUUAUCAAGUUUCAAAUUUGGUAUUUGGCAUCUGAAGAGAUGUGGGUUUACUAUUGUUCGUUUUAAUCUCCAGUUUGAGUUUUUACAUGAACAUCUGAUCAUAAACCAUUCUACAAUUUCAUUAACAGUGUUGUUCAUGGUCCUCCUGUAGAUAUGUUUACACAGGCUGACAGCGAGUGCGCAGUGGAUCAACGUUAUGCUAUUCAUAUCUACUCUUCUGCCGUCGAACAAAAAACUUCACAUUAUUAGAUGAG